AUGGCGCAACUAAUCCCAGGAGAUGCCUCAAUCCUAAUCAGCCGUCUCCUCAUCCUUUUCGUCUGGGGAGUCACUCCAUUCAGCUGGUUUGUCGUUCUUACCCGUAUCACCGCACUCUACAUCCGACGCACUUACCCUUCGGUCUCAAUAGACGCUAGACUCUUCAAGCUUAUCACCACCCACACCCCGCGCUGUAUCUCCAAACGACUCUCCCACAUCCUCUCCUCGUCUCGAUGGCGUCUAGUCGGAAACCUAGUUUAUGCAUACUUCUGCAUCGAAGCGCUGUUCUCCAUCUACUACUUUUAUCUUUGUCGUCGGAUCCAACGUCCAGCACCAUGCCCUCUGUAUGGUAGACGCUUUUUGAGACGGGUUUUUGCUCAAGCUCUACAAGCCGGGCUCACAUCCCCCUCCUCCACGGACGGGGUGGGGAAGGGAUAUGCUUCAGCUGUGUCCUCUUCCCUCCCAUCCUCCCAAGGUUCCGAGCUAGUAAAACGAUCCAAUGCAAUGGAACUUGAUGAAAAGUCAGCAGAGUCAGACGUAAGACAAAGACUGGGCAGACUAAGAGCAGCCUCAUGGGUGCCACAAUUCGUCACCACACCCAUCAACGCCGACGAUCCAAGGGCGAAAAAGUUUCAGGAAGAUCAAGCAAAGUGGUUUUUCGGUGUUCCUCCCGAGGAAAUAUGUAGGAGAGAUGUUAUGCAUUGGUUGGCUUGGAGUCUUUUUGCGGCCGAGUUGGAGGAUUUGGAGGCGGAGAGAGAUCAUAGUCUUCUCCAUUCGAAUGGUGGUAAUGGGGGAUGGGGAUUGGAAAGCACGACUGCAUCGACGUCUACAUCUCCAAUGCCGCCUUCUGAAGCAACGUUUGGCGGGCCUCCACCUGCGUUCUCCACACAAGGAAGAGGGGGGAGGGAUGUUGGUGCGAAGGAGGGAGAAUGGGAUCCAGCUACGGGAGAUCGACUGCGAUUUCUAGAAUACUGUCUUGAGCUGUUGGAGACUAGACAGGGGAGAAGUUUUCCCGAGCAUCCACCUUGGCAACCUUCAGCGCAGGGAAAGAAGACGUUGUUGCAGCCAGCCAAGGCGGGACCGAGGAUAAGAAUGAUGCGUCUUACCAUCGAUCCCGUUAGAACAGCUUCUCGGCCCCUUGUAUGCUAUUUUGUCACGAACACUCUUUCCGCUCUUACCAUUCGACGGGCGAUUAGAGGUGGGUUUGAAUAUCAUACUCAAGGUCGUUUGCCAUACCUCUACCGACCAGCGCCCAAAACCGCCAGUACUACCUCUGCCGAUAAAACCCCUCUCAUCAUAUUGCACGGUUUAGGAAUAGGUCUAGCACAAUACUCAUCUCUCCUGACCUCCCUCCUCCGUACGGCGUCCCUUUCAUCGCGCCCUUUGCUCAUAUUGCUUCAACCGAACAUCUCGCAAUCAAUCCUCUCCCCAUCAUUCCUCCACCCAUUUGGUCACCACGAAACGACCUCCGCCUUUCGCCACAUCCUCGCCCGCCACAAUUUGACCUCGAUCGACAUCCUCUCGCAUUCCUACGGCUCACUCGUUCAUUCCUGGCUAAUCAAGUCCCUCGGUCCCGUCGUACGAAGAAGCUGCUUCGUAGACCCAGUAUGUUUCCAACUGUGGGUACCUUUCGUUUGUUCGAAUUUCAUCUACAAACGUGCCUCAACCCCGAUAGAGCUACUUAUGCGAUACUUUGUAGCAAGGGAGGUGGGGACUGCGAAUACGCUUUGUAGGUAUUUCGAUUGGAGUAGUAACAUUCUCUGGCCGAACGAGAUAGAGGGAUUGCAAGAUGGGAAGAGAGUUAGGUUCUAUCUGGCGGAGGAGGAUGCGAUUUUAAGCGCCAAGGAUACACUGGAGUAUUUGGUCGAAUCAGGCUGUCCGAAAGAGAAUAUUUAUUAUGGAAGGGAAAAGGCUCAUGGGGAGAUGCUAAUGCAUGGCGGGAGCGAGUUUGAUGAUAUUGUGACUUGGCUGGCGAUGAAGAUCUAA